CAAAGUAACAUUUUAGCUUUAUCCUAUCGUAAGGGUGAUUUAUAUUAUAAAGAUGAAUCUAGCUGUUAAAAUAAUUGGCUCACUCUUGCUUAUGCUUGUCGGUGCGCUGUGGUCGAUUUACGCGCUAAUGAAGAUUAUGACGUCAUGCUUACGUCACGGGACGGAAAAAACUUUUGAGAAAAAAAGCCGAAACAUUCCGAAGUUUUACGAAUCUUGGAAACCAUCAAAAGACCCGGGAUUGGAAACAAAAUGGAAGCAUAGUUACGUCACAACACCAAACAAUGGAAUGCGAUUUCACUUCGUGAGAUCGGGGCAAUCGCCAGAUCAUUUAAACUUUGAAGCAAAUGGACAAACUAAACUGAAAAGCCGAGCUAAUGGUCGUGGUCCAAAACUUGUUCUGUGUCUUCAUGGAUUUCCAGAAUGUUGGUUUUCGUGGAGACAUCUACUUCGUGAAUUCGACAGCGAAGAUGAAACGUCAUAUUUCGUUGUUGCUAUCGAUUCGCGGGGUUACGGCGGUUCUGACGUCACAUCCGGUGUCUCAUCGUACCACCUCUCCCACCUGAGCUCUGACGUCAAGAACAUCGUGACGUCAUUAGGAUAUGACGUAUGCACGCUGGUGAGCCACGAUUGGGGAGGUGUUGUAGCGUGGGAAGUAGUGGAAAGAUACCCGGAAGUUCUGGACGGCCUGUUUGUGAUCAACUGCCCUCACCCGAAUGCUGGAACAGAUAUUGGAAAAUCUAGUUUGAAACAAACUCUCAUUAGAAGCUGGUACAUGUUUUUCUUCGCGUUGCCAGUUUUGCCGGAGAUUUAUAUUUCCCAUAACGACUUCCGGUUUUUGGAAGAAAACUUAAACAUGGGCGGGGAAUGGAAGAAAAACAUUGUCGAUCAGGACGAGAUGGACGUUUAUAAGUACUCGCUAGAUGGCGCUAGCAUCAACGCUUCAAUCAACUACUACAGAGCGCUGGUACUGCCAAUAUACCAGCACGGUGUCGCGCCUAAAACGACCCGUUCGCUCACUGUUAAGUUUCCAAUACGUUUAGUAUGGGGAACACAAGAUCCCUACAUGGACGUGGCGAUGGCCGAGCGAACAAAGGUUUAUUUGCCGGGAACUGAGAGCUCGAAUUCCCGCAGCGAGGUGCUUCUUGUCCCCGAUGCCGGCCACUUUCUGCAGCAAGACGAGCCGGAGCUUAUAACGAAAAUGGUGAAGCAGUUUCUUGCCGAUUUAGAAGAUUAAUGACGUCAUCAACAUACAUCACAAUUAGUGACGUUACAAAACAUGGUUGCACGGCAUAAGUGUUUAUUAUGACGCAAUACUUGUCGUGGCUCAAGCGGUUUAAACACGUGUCAAGCGGUUUUAACACAUGUCUGCCACGGUAAAAAUGAAACGAAUUUACAGUCGAAGUACCCGUGGAGCCCUUUAUGUAUUCGGAAUGACGUAACAUAAUAUUGCAUUGCAUUAUACUCUAGUACGGUUCGUAGCCUCUAUUGCAUCCUAAGCGUUAAAAUGAAAUAUGUACCGACGAAACAAG